AUCCUCGUGCAGUCAAGCAAAACCAGACAGCAUGAGCUCGCCGUCGUCCACACUGAAGAAAGUAAAGAGAAGUCCUCUCCCCGGAGCUUGCAGGGUGCCGUUCAGGAAGACGGAAGCUGCAGUUCCACCAGCUAACACGUCUCCUCCUCCAUCUGACUCAGAUCUGCUGGCCUCUAUGGCUGCACGCCUUGCUCAGGCAGAGGCCCAGCUGGUGACGACUCGACAAGAGGUGAGGGAGAAGGAGGGCAGAAUUAGGGAGCUGGAGAGAAGGCUGUCGGCACCCACUCCUCCUCUUCCUCACUCUCAUGGUACUCCUCAUGACAACCAUGAUGAUCUGCUGAGGAAGAAAUGUGACAUCCUCCAGAAACAGAUUCAAGAAAUGGAGGAGUUUCUCAAUGAUUACGGCAUGAUAUGGAUGGGGAGUGAGGGGGUCAGAGGUCACAAGGAAGGGGUGUGGCUACCGGAUUCCUCACUUCCUCGCAAUAUGUUUGCUGUCGACUUUGACCUGAUAGUUAGGAAUGUUGAGUCUCUGAAUGCUCUGGCUGGCGAAGGUUCAACUGCCAUUUCUACCACACCUCGCGGAGCCACGCUCAGAAGAACGGAGAGUGUUCCUCUCACUCUCUAUGCGAACGGACUGGUCAUGUUCCAAGGUCCUUUCAGACCUUUCUCUGAUCCACACACGCAGCAAUGUGUCCAGGAUCUGAUGGACGGCUACUUCCCCUCGGAGCUCCAGUCACAGUUCCCUGACGGCGUCCCGUUCAAACUCACAGACCAGAGACACAUGACUUAUGAACCUCCCAACAGCUGGGGGGCAGGGGUCCACGGGAGUGGGCAGAAACUGGGGGGCCAGGCGCGACCGUCGAAACUCUCCUCUCCACACACUACCUCCAAACUCCCAGGUCUCACACACCCUCACACCCUCACACCUCCCCCACUCCCCUAUUCCAGGUCCGAGGCUGUCGGCAGAUCAGUUCCUGGCUCGUCUCCCUCCCUGCGUGAUCAGAGGAGGUCGUGUCCUCGACAUACGAUCCGAGGUCUCUGCCACUCUCAAAGGCCCUUUCCAACCCUCUUCCUCUUCUUCUGUAACUCUCCUGCAGACACCUGCGCUCGACCAACUCAGAACACGAGUGGGUAGUCCCUCUCUAACGACGCUGAAAGUGAGGUCGGAGUCUGGAGACCACACCUACCUGAUGAAGAUGAAGACUGGGGACACUAUUGGCGACGUCUGGACACACCUUCUCUCUCAGACUCCACCCACUUCCAUCCCAACCAGCCCCGCCUACCAGCUGGUGGGCGGAGUCACUCAUCAGGUGUACUCUGACCUCUCUGCCUCGUUAGCGGAGUGCGGACUUGUGCCAAAUGCCACAUUGUACAUCACCAAGACAGCAAAUGACAAACACAAAUCAUCUCAAAAUACAGACUUCCAGAGAAACUCUAACAUUAGUUGAUAGUUGGAUUAUACAUGAUUUGUGUUUUACAAUCACUGGAUGAUGUGUUUGGAUGACUG